AUGGCUCUACGCGCUGCCAUCAAGCGCGCGGUCGAAAAGUUCAAGCUCAGAUUCGGACGUGCGAAAGAUGGCGGCUAUGAGAGAAUCGGUCUCAACGACGAUCAGAGCUCAGCAACAUCUCACCGCUCCUCGGCCCAGGCGCGUUCCUCUGUUGACAUAGGGGACGUGUUCGGCUCUGCCCCCCCCGUCUCCACCAGUGUCACUGAUGGUGAUCACGACCUUCAAAGCCCCAUCAACCCCACGUCUGCCCCGGUUUCGUCUGGUCCUCGCUCCGCGCACUCAGCCUCAGCGCACUCGCACGACGAAAAGGGCAACCAAAGCUCCGACUCCAGCACCGUCACGGAGACACGUCAAGCCACAAUCCAUUUGCCAUCCUACAGGCGCCAAUACACCAGCCAACCAACCCCCUCCGUUCCCCAAGAGCACCAGAAGUUGCGAAAGCUUCCCGUGCGUAAGGAUACGAUCGCCAAGAGCUUGAUGAAGGAGAAACUGUCGCUCCUCACGGAAGAAAUCCGGGGAGCCGUCCUCGACGCUACUCCAUCGUCCAUGCUUGCCGAAGUACAGGUCGAACUGCGUACCAAAGCGUGGACUCAAGUCCUUCUUGAGUCUGCUCCGGUUGAUCCCGAAUCACGACCACUGUGCUUGAUUCAGACACUCUCCACUAACGAGGAGGAGUUCCUGCCGGACUCCGACAUUCACAACCUCAUCGACUCUACACUGAAGGAGCUCGGUGACGCCAUGGUGGAUGCAGCGAGGCGGCAAUAUGGCAGCAAGCUGUACAUCACAAUCAAGGCUAUCCUUCACAUCACCGCCAGCGUUCAAGUACUUGUGGAAGAUGACGCCGAAACCACCCAACUGGCCGGUUCGAUGUCCGCCUAUCCCGUCCGCGAGUGGGCCGUGUCGGUUGCGUCUCACGCGUCUCACGACGCUCACGAAGCUCUAGGGCUCAGCCGCUUUGAGGACUUGGUUAGCGAGCUCCACCCUCUCACUAAGAGCAAGCUUCUCAGGGACCUCGUCUUCGUCGUGUACGGGGGGUACACUUGGACCAACAGCACCCGAACGAUCUGGUUCAAGUCGAUCGACCGCCACCCCUUCUCCUACGCACGCAUCCUCUCCCCGGGCUAUGACUGUCCUCGUGGAGUCGACGCACCUCUUCACUGGACGCACAGCCCCGAUGACGCAGCCUGUCCCUGCGUAGACCGCGAAGCCGAGACCGUGUACGCCAUCCGCCCCUGGUGCGUCAAUGAGGACGGCGGUUUCGACGACUCUUUCAACCCCGACCGAGACGCCGUCCGCGUCGGCCCGCUGAAGGACUUCAUGCCGGCAUUCGCCGCGCUUCCGGAGUGA